AUGGAUAGCACCAGACAUCCCCUCCAUUUGGCCGUCAUUUUGGGAAAUCUAGAUCGAGUCAAGUCUUUGGUGAACCAGAAAGUCUGCGAUGUUGACGAGGAGGACGAAAGAGGUAGACAAUUAUUUUAUUUUCUGGCAGAAAAAGAAUUUCGCACCCCGCACCCUUCCAUGGCACGCAUUCCAGACCACAAUUUGCAUCGCGGAGAAAUUUGGAGCGCGUCGCCGAAAAAACAAAGAAAGCGACGUGUCGCACGCGCGGAUUCUUGCCGGUUUUGCACGGUGCAAACGGUUGUUUUUGUUCAUUUGCACUGUGCAUUCAGAUUUGUCGCUCUCGUCGCGGAAAAAUCUCCGAAAAGAAUUUACGUCACGCGCAUUCUUGAUUUCGUUCAUUGAAACUCUUUUUCGGUCAGACUACUACAUAUAAUCAACAAUAUCGACAUUCUAAUUACAGGUCAAAUAGCUCUCCAAUUAGCAGUUCUGUCAUCAAAUAGUGAGAUUACUCAGUUUUUAAUUGACAGUGGAGCUUGUGUCGACCACUCUGACUUCACUCAGAUCACAGCUUCCCAUUUGGUGGCCAAAUACAAUAAAGUAGACCAGUUUAACAUACUUUUGAAGGAAGGAGCUGACUUUACUCUAAAGGAUAAAUGUGGAAAAAGCGGAUUUGAUAUAGCUUGCGAGUACGGGCGAGUUGCCAUGGUCCUGCGACUAAUCGAGAACGGAGUCUUAAAAUCUAUUUUGGAUAGGAUAGGAAAAAAUAAUCAAGAACAAACGUCUGGAUUACAUUUGGCUGCCAGAAAUGGACAUGUUGAAGUACGUACUAAUUUCUCUUUCUCUUAUUGCUAGAUUUGUCAUCAUUUAAUCGAAAAAGGAUUCCCAAUUAAUCUACAAACACAGCGUGGGUCAGCGCUACAUGAAGCCGUAGAACAAAGGCAUCUUGAUAUAGUCAUUCUCCUUUUACACGUGAGUUCUUUCAUUGAAUGACGCUGUCUUUUCAGCGUAAUAUUGAUUUAUCCAUCCGUAAUCGAGACGGCUUAACAGUCUUGAAUUUGUAUGAAGAUCUCAAAGGAUAUCGCAACUCUUUUAACGUUGACCUGAGCCUGCUACUUCGCAGUAAGUGGGGAUUACUAUGAAUAUGCAAAAUAAGUGGCCCCCAGGAUAAUCGAACCGUCCUAGAACAAAAAGAACCCCCGACAUCGCGAUUGAGUGCUCCGCGGUUUUCGUCGCCUUGAAGGGCCCAGGCCUGUCAGCUCGCCCCCCUUUCAGAGGCCAGCGACUGGUGAGACGUGCCAGUUGUGGUGUUGCUAACCAAAGAAGCGGGUAUCCAACCGCGUCUGGAUGGUUUCGUUUUUCGGUCAGCUGGAAAAUUGGGCGACGUAAAGAAAGAGAAAGGCUUCCAAUUCUCGACUUUCGUCUUUGCAGCACAUAUUGUUUGGGGGAUCACCUUCAAACCUAAUUUCAAAGGUCUUUGAAGGACAGGAACAACCGUCCCUCGAAAUUCGAACCCGGUCGUUACUUGUCCGUCAGACAGUCAACGCCCUCCUUCUUACGGCGAAUUAACCGUUUUAAGGCCAGCCGACUUUCUGGGAUUCCUUGUAAGGAAAUACCCGUGUUUAUGCGUCUACUCCUGCCCUUUGGUUGUAGACAUUUUUUGUUUUUCUUAUCAAUUUUGGAGCCAUCAUAUUGAUUCGUGGGUCUUUUUCCUCUCUUCGACUCAAAGUAAUUAGCAUAAGACACAAAUCAUGUCUUAAUAAAACAGGGUAAGGAACGCGCCAAGGACGGAGGGAGGGGGAUAUGGAAAGACCAAACUAAUGGACAGGCGCAACCGAACAUCGAAUAAGAUCCACUCCAACUCCAUUGCCGCCGAUCUUUGCGCACAUUUCCUCGCGCUUUUACUGCUUCCCGGGAUUAGUUAUGCGGAAUGUUACCAAUCUGGGGGAUGACUUUGCUUGAGGGGUUCGUUACUUUCUGAAUUGGAGAUCCCAACGUCAUCGUCCCAUUUUAUGCGAUUUCGGACAAACACUGCCCCUCUAAUUCGUUUAUUCUAUGCGAACUCUCGACUUUAUGGCCUUUGUAUGAUAGCCAAACAUCGUAAAAGGCCGAGUCUAAACAUUUUUAUGUCUGGCCUGAGGUCAGAUGGAGGGAUGUUUCGGACAUAAUGUUUGAAUACGAUUUUAUGAUGAGCGCCGUUCAUUGCAGCCCAUCCUCAUCGGACAUAUGCCCAGGCCCUAAUUGAUUACCAGGAUCCCCUCAAUCCCGUCGCGCUGUCUCUCUACCAACAUCAACUUAUUUGGGUGGGUUAAUGUGUGUAAUGUUAAGCGUGAACUUGCGUGUUGAUUUGGGGAAGGAAACAAUAAAACAAAUCAUGAUGUUAAACAUCCACCGUGACUCGCAUUGAUUUAAUUUGAGGAAUUCGAAUAUUUUAUGCAGAAAGAGCGGGGCUUUUUCCGCUUAAGGAUUUUCACGCUUCUAGCGCCUUUCCCAAAAUAAACCAUAUGCAAAUUCAGUCUCUGAGACUUCUAAACAAAGGGGAAAUCAGGUGGCACUGGUCAGAAAUUCCCUUCGAGAGGCGCACCUAAAAGUUCGCUCAAGGUUGAACUGGUCACUAACAGGGGAAGGGGCGAGGGAUAUGACUGAAUGAGUGUUCUCUUUGCGCUCUGGCUCUCCGGAAAUAUUUUUUUGUAUUCCCCAGCAAAUAUGUUAUGUUUAACUAUAUCUUUUCCCAUUAUUACUAUGGUAUCAAGUUCCGGAUCGUGAGAAAUGUUGUUUCCUCGCAGCUUGAGACCCUUAUUUCCUAUUUUUCGAUGAAAACUUUUAGUGCCCUGCUAUAUUAGUUGUCAUUCCAGAUCAUCGACCAUAGCAGCCCCGUGUUCUGGAAGGGAAUUGUUUUUGAGGAGUUUGGUUACUCACGAUCAGGCGUUUUCCCUCCGGAAAUCGUCUGUAUCAUUGAUAACAAGCAAGGUAAUUCGGCCGUUUAUCAUGUUGAUAGUACAAGUUGAUGAUUAAUUUUGAUUUAAUUUUCAGGCGAAAUGAGAAAUCCGGACUCAAGUUCAGGCCACGGUACGGCCUCGCGGAUGACAGUUCGUCGAGUCAAAAGAAUCGAAGCUCCAGUUGUACCGGACCUUCCAGGCAUGGCAGAUUUCAAUCGCCGAUCCCGCAAUUUCUCUGACGGCAGUCGGAAGUUGAGCAACACCAUGGGGUCCAUGUUCCCCGACCUUCUUCAUUCCUGUCAUUCCUCGAGUUCUCCGUCGUCGUCGCGAGCUGCCAGCAGUUGCGCUGAUCCCUCUGGUAAGUGUGAUGACAGGUCGAUCACAUCACUUGUGAAAGGCGUGAGAGGCCGCGAGCAUCUGCAUACGGCGCUCUUUCGGGGUGAAAUGGGAAAACCUUCAGCCUCUUUAUAUCAAAUAAAACUUUCAGAUCUGGCUUCACUCGAUGCUGGCACAUUAAGUCGCUGUGAGAUGAAUGCGAACAAGAGCAGUGUUUUGUCCACCUUUCAACCCAAUAGUAAUUAUUUGCCGGAACGGGUGACAUCUGGACGAAAUUCAACCGGAUCCACUUCAUCUUCCCAAAACAGUAGCGGUUUUGAGAGUGGAAAGGUGAACAAAUAUAUAUAUAUAUAUAAUUUAUGACUAUAUUUUUGUCAUAAUUUUUAGUUUUAAUACCAUUUUUUGUCAUCAUUUUUUUGCAGUACGAAAAUGUCGCCAGUAGUCACAGUACAAGUUCGUUUGCCUCAAAUCCGAACGAUUCGCCCUCUCGAAGAUGCUUUUCGGUUAAUCGUCAAUCUUCGUCAGCAGACGUUUAUGGCACUCUUGAAGAGACAUAUACAAUUGAUGUUAAUGAAAUGCUGGCCAAAGGAAUUUCGGAUUCAGAGAUUCUGGGAGAAUGGCUCGAGAAGUUGGGCCUUCAGCAGUACCUGUCAUCGUUUAUUCUCCAAGGUUUCGAUGUGUCAUCGGUCUCAAAAUUAAUAGCUGAAGAUCUCCUGGCUUUGGGGGUGACUGAUCCCAGACAUCGGAAGAUUAUUCACGCAGAUAUCCAGAACUGGAAUGUGGUGGACGGAUGGCCAAGAAGUGUGUCCCCUACGUCGCAAAGCUCGUAAGAUUUUUACAUUUUUCACGUAAGGUGCAACAUAAAUAGUCUAAUAUUAGCGGUGAUAAAAGUCUGCUGACAAUAAACAAACCAAUUUCAGAGUGUGGCUGAAGGCCAUUGGACUACCGCAAUAUGUUCGAUUAUUCGAAAUAGAGGGAUAUGACUGCAUGAAGAAGGUCGAGGACCUGACUUUCGAAGAUCUCGAGGAUAUGGGGAUCAAGAAAUUAGGGCACAUAAAAAGGAUUUGUCUGGCUCUGAAGAAGCUGAAGAUGUGCCGUCGAAAACAGGAACAACAUGAAUACAUCAACAUUGCCGAGUCUGCCAUUCCCCAGCACCCAUUAAAUCCCUCAGUGCACUCAUCCCAGAAUUUUCUUAAGAACGAUGAAUGGAGGCCUAAACUUCAGAUCAUAAAAACUCAACAGAUCUUAUCAGCCACUCCAGAAUUACCUCGGUCGAUUAACGGGGAGAUAAUGAAAGUCGGGAUGGACCCAUCAUCGCUUUUUGGCCAUCAAGAUUUCCCAUCAUCUCCAUCAGACCCAUAUUCGACUCUACCUCCACUCCCGUUAACUGCUAGAGGGCCUUUAAAAAUGAAAAGUCAAGACCUGACCCGUCCGUCGACUGCCCAUUUAGCCCGAUCUUCAACCUUUUGCUCAGCUCCCAAUGCCUCAAAUCUGUACUAA